AGGAUGUAUGGGUCAUUUUGACCAGUCAUUCCCUCGCUCUGGCAUCCCACAAUUUUUCCGCCUCCCUCCGAAAGAGAUAAUAAUAUUUAGAGGCGUUCGCUGGGGCUGAAUGAGAAUUAGCCCUAGGCGCAGCCUAUCAUUAGGACGGGACAGCAGGGCCACUGUGACAUUUUUAAGAAAGCUGAGAUGAUGGAAAGAAUAAGAAAAGAGAUGAUUCUGAUGGAAAGAGGGCUGCACAGCCCUACGGCCGGCAAGAGAUUCUCCAAUUUGUCCGACUCGGCUGGCAAUGCUGUGCUCGAGGCCCUGGAAAAUUCGCAGCACCCGGCUCGCCUCAGCCCGCGCCUGCCGUCUGCCCCCCUGCACGGCGCUCUGGGAGACCUCCCCGCCAAGGGCAAAUUCGAAAUAGACACUUUGUUCAACCUGCAGCACACGGGCAGCGAAAGCACCGUCUCCUCCGAAAUCUCCUCUGCCGCCGAGAGCCGCAAGAAGCCGGGCCAUUAUUCAGAGGCGGCUGCCGAGGCCGACAUGAGCAGCGACGUGGAGGUGGGCUGCUCCGCGCUGCGCUCCCCCGGUGGCCUCGGCACCGCUCAGCUCAAGGAAAACAAUGGCAAAGGGUACGCAGAGAGCGGCUCGGCUGCCAGCACCACGACGUCGGCAUCGGGCUCAGGCCUUGGAAGCCUGCAUGGAGGCAGCGGAGGCAGCGGCGGGGGCGCGGCGCUGGGUGGCUCCGGCUCUGGCGCGGAUCAAGUGCGGCGCUACCGUACGGCGUUCACCCGCGAGCAGAUCGCGCGCCUGGAGAAGGAGUUCUACCGGGAGAACUAUGUGUCGCGGCCCCGCCGGUGCGAGCUGGCCGCGGCGCUCAACCUGCCCGAAACCACCAUCAAGGUGUGGUUCCAGAACCGGCGCAUGAAGGACAAGCGGCAGCGCCUGGCGAUGUCCUGGCCGCACCCAGCAGACCCCAGCUUCUACACCUACAUGAUGACGCACGCGGCCGCCACCGGAAGCCUGCCCUACCCCUUCCACUCGCACGUGCCGCUGCACUACUACCCGCACGUGGGCGUCACGGCGGCGGCAGCCGCGGCUGCAGCCUCUGGCGCGGCGGCCGCGGCUUCGUCGCCCUUUGCUACUUCCAUCCGGCCACUGGACACCUUCCGCGCCCUCUCGCACCCCUACUCUCGGCCAGAACUGCUGUGUAGCUUCCGCCACCCUGGUCUCUACCAGGCUCCCGCGGCCGCCGCAGGGCUCAACAGCGCGGCCUCGGCCGCCGCGGCCGCGGCAGCGGCAGCGGCCGCGGCCUCCUCCGCUGCGGCGGCCGGAGCGCCCCCCAGCGGCGGCUCUGCACCCUGCUCGUGCCUCAGUUGCCACAGCAGUCAGUCGGCGGCAGCAGCCGCGGCAGCAGCUGCCGCAGCCCUGGGCUCCCGGGGUGGCGGUGGCGGCGGUGGUGGCGGCGGCGGCGGGGGCACAGGGGCCGGAGGAGGCUCGGACUUCGGCUGCAGCGCGGCGGCGCCGCGUUCCGAGAGCGGCUUCCUGCCCUACUCGGCCGCGGUGCUUAGUAAGACGGCCGUGAGCCCGCCGGACCAGAGGGACGAGGCUCCGCUCACUAGAUAA